AUCAUAAUAUCUGCUACAGCUAGGUUAAUAAUAUGAUGAAGAGUGCAUAUGUGAAUCUUGUUCGUUUCUUAUCAGUACUGUCUUUGUCAUCUUUAGUGUUCUUGACGGUAUCUGCACAGACAGACGGAACAAAUCCAACAGUACCAGGCAAAACAAAUUCAAAUGAUGUGUUGGCGAUAGAGUGGUUGGUGAAUAGUCAGUUUGCAUAUGUGUCAAAAAAGGAGGAUCCUUGUCUUCCAAAACCAUAUCCAUGGCUUAAGUGUAGCUCCGAGAAUACCCCUCGAAUAACAGAAAUAAAUCUCCCCUUUUCUUUUCGACUUGGUGGAAAUCUCCAAGAUUUUAGUCCCAUGGAUGCACUAGAAAAAAUAAACUUAAGCAACAAUUAUUAUUUGGGAUAUGGAAAAGAAUUUCCUGAUUUUCUUGCAAACUUCCCUAAACUCAAAGUGCUGAAUUUGGUUGGUACUCCUUACAGUGGGACAGUACCUACUUCACUAAAGAAAAGAUCUGACAACAAAACGCUAACGUUGAUGUUGCCGGAGACAGGUUUGUGCUUUUCUGAUGAAGCCGUAUGCCCACCCCAAACAGGAACUUCACCAGGAACAGAUGAGGAUACAUCAACCUCUAGUUUUAAUCCACCACUGAAAAGUCGUAAAAAGAAAACAACACCUGUUGUGCUCGGAACUUUAAUUCCAAUUUUGGUGAUUUUCUCGGCUAUUGUCGGCUUUCUAAUUCGUAAUCAUCAAAAGAGAAAGGCUGCUGCACCAGCAGGUUUAAACACUCACAACUGAAGUUCUAUUAACCAUACAAGGAUAUUCACUGAAGUGGUGCAGGAUAACAAUGCUGAAGCAGUGCAGGUUAAGAGUGACAGCUAAGAGAUCCGUACAGUUUACAUGUGUAGAUUGAGUGUGUUUGAGUAUGUGUAUUGUGUGAGCUGUAAAUGACAGCCUGUCCUGUACGGAUAUCAACUACUCAUCUCUAUUAAUACUGAGUGUCUAAUUGUUUUCUGUGUAAUGAUUUUAAUUGAAUACCUCCAUUAAUGAAGAUGAUUAAUUCUGUAAUA